AUGGCUCCCAAGACCGAGGGACCACCGACGUUGGUCAUAGCGAUCGACUUCGGCACCACAUACUCGGGUAUCGCUUGGAAAUCUGGUGACAGAGAGCUGGACUCGAUCCAGACCGUCACAGACUGGACGACCAUAAGAAACUACCGUGUCGAUUCCCCCAAGGCCCCGUCAGCCAUUUUCUACGGUGAUAACAUCAACAAAGAUCCUUCAUGGGGAUACAUGACACGCUUCGGAGAUGGCAUCCUGCGCUGGUUCAAACUCUUGCUUGUCAACGAAAGAGAUCUCCCCGCAAAUGUGCGAGAUUGCGAACACCUGAAAACCGCACGAGAACUGAUGCAAAAGCUCAACAAGGCGCCCGUGCAAGUCUUUAGUGACUAUCUUCGAUAUCUCUGGGAGUACAGCCGUGAGAGAAUCGAGGCCUCUGAGGAGAAGGGAUGGGCGAACAUCUACCAUAUCCAUUUCGUUGUCACUUUGCCUGCGAUUUGGCCUCAUUAUGUCCGGUCGCGAAUGCUCGAGGCCAUGAAGAUCGCUGGCCUUUUUGAAGUCGGCGAUCAGUUCAUUGUCUGCGAUGCAGGCGGCGGCACUGUUGACAUAAUCACCUACAAAAUCGAGAAAUUUACCCCUUUUGUAGUCAGCGAAAGUGUCAAAGGAGAUGGUGGCCUAUGCGGUGGCAUCUUUCUCGACCAAAAGUUUCUCGAGCUACUCAGACGAACGAUUCCCAAAGACAUCACAAGAAGGCUUGCAAGUGAGGCUGGUCAUAGGAUCAUGAAGGAUGAUUGGGAGUCCGGUAUCAAAACUGCGCUUUGCAAGUCAAGUAGCCAAUACGACAUCAAUCUUGUCUACAAUGGACUAGUCGAUCCCCAGUUCUUCCCCCCUUCAUUUUCACUUCAGGCAGACGUUAUCCGCGAACAGGUGUACAAACCCAUCAGACAGGUCGAGGAGGGAUACCAGAAGGCUCCCAAAUUGGUGUUCCUGGUUGGAGGCUUCGGGAGAUCCAAGUACUUGUACGAAUGUCUCGAUGAGACAUUUGGAAAGAAAUCACAAAUCAUCCAGAAGAGAGGGAAUGACCCCUGGUCUGCCGUCCUUCGCGGUACCGUUCUUCACGGGCUAUCGCGCACCGGAUUCGCCGAUUCAAUCACUGCUGUCGUCGACUCUCGGAUCUCGAGACACAACUAUGGCACCGUCUUCAACAACAGCCCAUUUGACGAAGAAAAGCAUGACAUUCGGGACCGUGAAUAUUGCCCUUAUGACAAGAAUUGGAUUGCGGUUGAUCAAACUGAGUGGUACAUCGGAAUUGGUGAUGCAGUAUCUACCUACAAACCAGCGUCUUUCUCUUGCUACCAGGCCCUCGUAAGCCCCGAACAGGGUCUACAGAUAGAGAUUGUCAUCUCCGAUUCUGCCGAGCCUCUAGCCCGAAAGGACGAAUCGGUCAAGACGCUGUGCGUCAUCAAAGUUUCCUUGAGUCCCCAGAUAUAUAGCAAAUUGCGAAAAGAGGUCAGCGCAGAUGGUAUUGCCUUUCGCCGAAUCGGCUACGACCUUCGUAUGAUCAGUGACGGGUCCUCCCUGGAAUUCGCCGUCUGGCAUAAGGAUCGAUGCCUCACAUCACAAUACGUCAACUUUCAAUCUACACAGAUGGAAAAGGAAGAAGUGACUAAUGGCGGCGAUGGCGAUGGCAAUACCGAGAUGAAUAAGCCACAGGAAACGGUUAGCAGACCACCUUCCGUCAUCAAAAUAGAGGAGGAUGCAGAUGAGGAGUACGUGGAUUGUCCGGACCUUGAAGAUGAAAGUAGCAUGGGCGACCGUUCCACGACUGUUCGGGGAAGGCAUGGCAGCCUGGAUGAUGAUUUCAGCGAAUGA